GGAAGCUCUCUGUGUGGAUACAGAUUUAUAGGUAUUAGAAGAGAUGUUCUAUAUACAGAGUUCUGAGGCACUGCAGAUUCUGAAGAAUUCCCUAAGGAAGCACCUCCCUGAGUCCUUAAAGGUUUAUGGGACUGUCUUCCACAUGAACCAGGGAAACCCAUUCAAGCUCAAGGCUGUGGUGGACAAGUGGCCUGAUUUUAAUACUGUUGUUAUUCGACCACAGGAACAGGACAUGACAGAUGACCUUGACCACUACAACAACACUUACCUAAUUUAUUCCAAGGAUCCCAAGCACUGUCAGGAAUUCCUUGGCUCAUCAGACGUCAUUAACUGGAAACAACAUUUGCAGAUCCAAAGUUCACAGGCAGACCUGGGCAAAGUGAUAGAAAACCUUGGAGCCACUAACUUGGGCAAGGUCAAGCAUAAGCAGUGCUUUCUCUAUAUGGUAUCUCAUACAGCAAAGAAACUGACUCCUUCCUUGGUGGAUGCAAAGCACUUAGUAGUCAGCAGUGAGAAACCCACGCCUUUUGACCAUCAGUUAUUCAAAUUUGCCCGCCUGGAUGUUAAGCAUGCUGCAUUGGUGAAUAGCAUCUGGUAUUUUGGUGGCAAUGAGAAAAGCCAGAAGUUCAUUGAACGCUGUAUCUUUACCUUUCCCAGCGUCUGUAUUAUGGGGCCUGAGGGGACCCCUGUGUCCUGGGCCCUGAUGGAUCACACUGGAGAACUAAGAAUGGCAGGCACCUUGCCUAAGUACCGGCACCAGAACCUCAUUUACCAUGUUGCUUUUCACCAGGUCCAUACACUAGAGAAGCUGGGCUUUCCCAUGUAUUUACAUGUGGAUAAGGUUAACCUCACCAUUCAGAGAAUGUCUGCUGUGCUGGGGCAUGUCCCCAUGCCCUGUACCUGGAACCAGUGGAACUGGGUACCUCUCUAAAGCCAGAAAAGAGUGAGAGGGGGACUGCACUUGUAGAUGGAGAAAUGGCUGAGUGAACAGAGAGAAGUGAACUGUCAUUAGGGUGGUGUGUGUUUCUAGAGAGCAGGGUUGCAUCACACUGAGCUGCACACAGUUUCUUCGCCCUCACAUUGCUCAUGCUCUUAAUUCCAUUUCUCAGCAUACAGAAGGCCACCAUGUCCUGCUCCCACAUUCUCAGGAUUCCUGUAACACAUUUGGCUAAAUUGUACUCUCUCCUAUUCAUUUUGCAGGCUCAUUGAUCCAUGGCUAUUAGUCAGUAGGUUUGUUUUGUGACCUGACCCCCCACAACCCUGCACACAGGCAUACUUCCUCUGGCUUUCUGUAGCUUUGCUUUUAUGGGUUGGAGAAGUUUGUUCUCAUGUCACUCACCAGACAUUAAAUUGUUAAUAUGUAAAAACUACUAUACAUGCAAACACAGAUACACAGUAUGUGUGGUACAACUGUAAGAAUUGUUAGAAAAGAGACUAGAGCUCAGCAAGUAAAUGUGCCUGCAGUCAAGCCUGGUAACCUGAAUUUGAUUCCUGGGAACCACAUUGUAAAAGGAGAGAAUCUAUUCCAUCGACUUGUCCUCUAACCUCCCCAGGUAUGGGGCGCAUGUGCACACACAAAUAAGUAAAUGUAAUCUUUAAACAGUUAAAAA